GAACCAUUUCAUUAUUGUAAAAUACUUUUCUUACCAACAGCCGGUAACCACUGUUUUUAAAAAGGGCGCGUAAAUUUUUUAACUUUAACCCCAGCAAUGUAGGCACAUGGAGGCAUAUCAUCGUUGCGAUUUUUUUUUUACUGUAAAAUUACAAAAUACUGAAUCUCUCUACUACUUUCUGCUGCAUCUUUUGACAGGAUGAAAACAAAAUUGUUCGAACGUCAUGAUCGCAGACUCUAUUACGUCGUGCAGUUAUCUUUUACUCGGAUCUGGUUAUUGUGUUUAUCGUUUGGCAAAAUACUCGAAUGAUUCAGUAGCGAAGGUUUUACCUCAAUUCAUAAUCGCUUCGAUUGGUAUCGUUGCUGUUGGAGCAAGAUCGAUUCAUGCUCUUUUUUACAACCUAUUAUGGCGAUCUUAUCCGUUGAAUCCAAUGUUGAUUGCCAAGGAUUUGGAAGAAAAUAAAAAUGAUGUAAAUUUGUUGGACUGGAUUCUUUCUAAAACCGCCAUAGCCAGUUUUGUUUAUUCAUAUUAUUAUCAUUACAAGUCCUUCAAAAUAGGCACAACGGUUGUUGUAAUCCUUUCGGUAUUAGAGAUUCUGUGCUUAAUUGAAGAAAUAGAAGCAACUAAAGAGGCAAAGGGUGAAAAUCGGCAAGGUGAGAAUACUCGUGGAAAAAUAGCUGCCCUAGUCAAGAAUUUACCUCUGCCUCCUGUCAUAUUCUGGAUUCUGUCAUCUGAAUUGCUCGGCCGUGCAGUUGGAAAUCCUCUCUGUCGUUUAGCAAAUGUUCCUUACGCUAUAACUGUCUGGGCUUUCCCUCGAGAAGGAUUUUACAUUGGUUGGUCAAUAGCCGACACCAUCAACGAUUACCUAAUGUUGUCUUACCUAAUCAUAAUAACGGAGGGUCUUUGCCAAGCACCUAUAAAUCAUUGAAAAUCUGUACAAUGAAAAAGCGUUGAAAGAAA